GUUUUGACAUAUUAGCUCUACCGUCGUUUUUACUCGGUUCGUUCUCUCGGCUGCGGCAUCCCCACUCUUCUUUACUCAUUAUUACUUAUUACCGGUUAUCACCGCCAGUUCAUCAAUUAUUCCAGUGAUUUCAUGCAUGUGGCAGCAGAUCAUCAAUUAACGUUUCUUUUCUCGAGAGAUUGUGCAUACUUUCCAAAAUGUCAUCCGAUACAAGCCCACUCAAGAAUUUUCUCGCAGGAGGCUUCGGCGGUGUGUGUCUCGUCGCCGCUGGACACCCGUUGGAUACCAUCAAGGUACGACUUCAGACACAGCCUACGGGCCCAGGAGUAACUCCAAUCUACAAAGGAACACUCGACUGUGCAGCAAAAAUUGUCAAACAUGAGGGGUUCCGAGGCUUAUACAAGGGGAUGUUCGCACCUAUCCUUGGAGUCACUCCAAUGUAUGCUGUCUGUUUCUUGGGUUACAGUGUGGGGAAGAGCCUGCAGACAGCAAAGCUUCCAAAUGGACAAUUUGCACCAGAGCAACUCUUCAUGGCUGGUAUGUUAUCAGGAGUCUUCACGACAGCCAUCAUGGCUCCUGGAGAACGCAUAAAAUGUUUAUUACAGAUUCAAGCAGCAUCUUCUGGUAAAGCCAAGUAUGCUGGACCCCUGGACUGUGCCAAGCAGAUCUACAGAGAAGCCGGUCUCUUCAGGGGGCUCUACAAGGGCACAAUGGCCACACUGCUCAGAGAUGUUCCUGCUUCUGGUACCUAUUUCAUGACCUAUGAACUCCUCAAGAAAGGUCUUACACCCGAGGGACAAAAGACGAGUGAUCUGAGUGUGUUACGUGUAUUACUAGCCGGUGGCACGGCAGGUGUAUUCAACUGGAUGGUCGCUAUUGCCCCGGAUACACUCAAGUCACGAUUACAAACAGCCCCCGAAGGCACCUACCCCAAGGGUGUGAGGAGUGUGUUUGCUGAACUGAUAAAGAAAGAAGGACCGGGUGCUCUCUUCAAAGGCAUCACACCAGUAAUGCUAAGAGCCUUCCCAGCCAAUGCAGCAUGUUUCUGUGGAUUUGAGCUUGCCAUGAAGUUUUUGACCUGGGUUGGAUUGUAGCACCGUCACCAUCCUCAAACUGUUUUCCAGAGACGAUGUAGAUCCAUUCAACACUUCUAUGGAAGCGAUGCAAUCUCUGAUAACCUGAAUUCCAGAGUGUACGUCCUAUAUUCUUGUGGUGGGUGGAGGAGUGUGGCGUUCAAAUCGCCUCAAGUAUGUGUGUAUGAUGUAAUUGAAGUGAAGGAAAUUUGUUCAUCUCAUGAGCCAGAGGUGCAUGUAACAGUGGGUGAUUUCAAGUUCGGUGUCGACCUUCUGGUGUUGAACUUUGGUGUUGGUGUUGGGUUGAAGUUUACAUCAGCACAGCACCAAACCCUAAAGCAGGUCGUGGGAUGGAUUUCACUAGGUGUUUUAUAGCUAUUUCUUAAUGUGACCUAUGUGACUUCGAUCAUUUUGUAAAUUCAUAUUUAGGUGUUGAGUUAGGGAAAGUGUACUACAUUGUGCUUCGUACACCAGCACCAGCACCAAAAUUGACAUCACCCAACAUCUCUACUUGCUUCUUAGGCUCUCUGUUUUCAAUGAAAUUAUCAUCGUUACAUCUUUUUACAUGAAUUUUCAAUUAUAUCACCUUAAAGGUGCUUGUUAUUAUAUACAUACUACAUUAUUUUAUGUAAUUUCAAUUUGAUGAUACUAACAGAAUUAUACUGAAGAGAAAUCUCAGGAAAUAACUAUUUAGGUGAAUGAUGAAAAAAGAUAAAUGUCAUGAUAUAGCUACUGUUUAGUGUGUUAUAAUUCAUUAUUAACAAAAGGAUAUUGUGCAAUUAUGUGCCAUCUUUCCUCAUUACUUUAUUCGCAGUGAAUCGAAUGCAAACUCCAUGUUUCCAUGUGACACUAAAAAAAUAUGCUAAUAAGGCAACAGCCUAGUUUGGGAGUUCUUUGGUAUAUGACAAUAUCAUGUUUUGUAUUAUUACUUAUCGGGGCUACAUCCCAAGUAUUGUUAUUGUUUGCUAUUGUGACAUAUGUUGGAACUGGUCAGUUACGCCAUUUGUAAUUGUUUGUACAUGAUUAUCUAUAUGUCUGCUUACAUCCCCUUUCCUGGAUUUGUAUCAGACUGCAUUAUAAAAGAUAAAUGUGAAUAAUAUGUAUGAUUUGGUUGAGUUUGUGGGGAUGGCAGGUAUUAGGAAUCCGGAAAUUGUUCUAUUUGUUUUAUAGAUGCAGACCAGCAGUGCCUCUUUUAACAACAAAACUUAAGAUUUUGCUAAUAUGGAUGAUUGGAGGUCCGAUUCAAAGUCGACAUUUGUUGACAAGAAAAAAAAUGAAAGCAUUUAUCGGGCCACUGCAUAUGCACGUUUCUACAAUCCGAGAUGAGAUUAGUUUGUUCAGUUAUUUAUAUUACAUGUACAUGUAGGUAUAAAGAUUCGGAAAUAGCAAUAACAAUGAAUACACAAUAUGGCUUCUUUUUGGGGUGGCUGUCAUGUAUCUCUGGUUUAAGAGUGAUGUUACUAAAUAAAAGGUAUUUAUUUGAUCAAUAAUAUUGUAUUUUAUAGAGGGCGGCUAUACAAUGGCGACAAUUGAAAAAAAAAAACUGAGGGAUGAGUUUUAGUAAGGUGAAGUUAGGGGCCUUUAACACAAAGCUUAGCAGUCAUCGUUGGACAAUGUCUUUACAAUUGAUUGCAUUGUCCCCAGGGUACAACCAAUAUAAAAUCGAUUGCUAACCUUUGUGUUACGGGACCCUGAUGAGUUCCGACUGUAAAAUCAGUCCAGGGGGCCGUUUCAUUAAGCUGUUCGUAAGUUAAGGGCGACUUUAAGAACGACUGGUGAUCCUCUCUUGUGGUAAAUGGUAUACACCAAGAUGUUCAUUGGGAAUGAUUUAGCAAGUACAUGUAAGAAAGGUUCACCAGUCGUUCUUAACUUACGAACAGCUUUAUGAAACGGCCCCCAGAACAAAUCAAGGUUUGAAAACUUAUGGCAGAAUCAGUUUUCAAAAAGAUGAUAUGGAUAUGUUGGAGUGAAAGAAAUUUUCCAAUGAUGGCAAAUAGUUUUGAUUUUAGUUAUCGUUUGUAUAAUUUUGAUACUGCAUGGUAUGAUUUUAAACUUGGUUUACCCAUAUGAAACGGUGUAAAUAUCAUUUCAUAAUAUUGAAUUCUAUUCAUGUCCUUGUGUUUUAUCUACCAGAGUUUGACUCUUUAAGUGUAUUCACUGUGAACAUCUAAACCACCCAAUACUUGUUCGUUUACCAUCUGACUUUAAUAUAUGAAAUUAAAAACUGGAGUACAGUUUAUACAAUCUA